AAGAGGCGUAGCUCGUUGGUCGCUGCUCAUUGUGCGACUCGAGCGAGAGAAAUUUCCGCUUCCUGCACCGAUAAACAACAACCGACCAGGCAACACACAACGAGCCGACACGAAGUUGAGGCGCAGGGGGGACAGGGAGAGAGUGAACACCGCGGGAUUUACCGCCUGUCUCGGGGUUAAAACACCCCCCCGCGCCCCCCGACGACUGCAAUAUGUUUCCACUUGCAGGCGGCGAAUAGCACCAGACGGACCAACUUUCCGCUUGCAUUGUACGCGGGAGCGUUUUACGCAUUUUGCACCACCAAGGAGGCUUUAAAAAAAAAAAAAAAAAAAAAAAAGGCAAAGAAAGGAGGAGGAAGCGGCACCGGGCAAAAAAAAAAAAAAAAGGGACACCGCAAAACCACACAAGGAGUAGCCAGGCUACUACGGGUAUUCCUCCGAAUCAGCUCCGCCUGAAAAAGCACCGUCUCCAGCCUCCAGGAUGUCGGAGCGAGGAGGGCUCCCGCGGACUGGGGGCGUCCCUUCGCCGCACAUGCAGCCCUCCAAGCCGGUCAGCAUCACCUCCAACCGGCCGGUCCACAUGAACCUGUACGCCACCUGGGAGGUCGACCGCUCCUCGCCCAGCUGCGUGCCGAGGCUCUUCAAUCUGACCCUGAAGAAGCUGAUUAUGCUGAAGGAGCUGGAUAAAGACCUCACCUCUGUGGUCAUCGCCGUCAAACUGCAGGGCUCCAAGCGGAUCCUUCGCUCCAACGAGAUCCUGCUGUCCUCAGCGGGGCUGACAGAGACCGACCUGCAGCUCACCUUCUCCCUGCAGUAUCCGCACUUCCUAAAGAGGGACGCCAACAAGCUUCAGAUCAUGCUGCAGCGACGGAAGAGAUACAAGAACCGGACCAUCCUGGGCUACAAGACCCUGGCCCUGGGACUCAUCAACAUGGCCGAGGUGAUGCAGCACCCAAGUGAAGGCGCCCAGGUCCUCGGGCUCCACAGCCAACUUAAGGACGCCUCAGUGCCCGUCGCAGAGAUCCGAGUGUACUCCCUGUCCAGCCAGCCCAUCGACCACGAGGGCCCUAAAGCGAAGAUGUCUGAUCGAUCUCCAGACAUCGACAACUACUCUGAAGAGGAGGAGGAGAGCUACUCGUCAGAACAGGAAGGCAGCGAUGACCCCAUUCAUGGACAGUAUCUAUUUGACGAAGAAGACGAAGUGAGGAAGAAGAAACCGAGACGCAAGCUGCCUUCAAAUGCCGCCAUCACCAGACAACCCAACAUCAAGCAGAAGUUUGUCGCCUUGCUGAAAAGGUUUAAAGUCACCGAUGAGGUCGGUUUCGGCCUAGAGCAUGUCUCCAGGGAGCAGAUCCAGGAGGUGGAGGAGGACCUGGACGAGCUCUACGACAGUCUGGAGAUGUACAACCCCAGCGAUAGCGGGCCGGAGAUGGAGGAGACCGACAGCAUCCUCAGCACCCCCAAACCUAAGCUAAGGCCGUACUUUGAGGGAAUGUCUCAGUCCAGCUCGCAGACGGAGAUCGGCAGUCUGAACAGUAAAGGCAGCUUGGGGAGAGACCCCUUCAGUCCGCAGGGGGAGCAGCAUCCACUAGAGAAGAUGAAAACCUCCCGCAGCCGCAACCUGGAGGAGGCGCUGUCUGAGACCGACACACUGGAGCUGACAGAUCAGGAACUGUUUGCCGAGGUGGGCCCCUGCAUCACCGUGUCAGUGGCCGAGAAACCCCGUACCCCCAUGAAGAGCAGCAAAAGUGAGAGCCAGGCCAUGCCGUCACCGAGGUUGGACGGAGGCCACACCCCCCGACAGAAGCGCAUCAGCACGCCCAUGAAGGAGCGACAGCUGUCCAAACCCCUGAGCGAACGCACAAACAGCUCCGACUCCGAGCGCUCCCCGGAGCUGGGGCACAGCGCGCCGCUUCUCAGGAAGCUGGUGUACGACCAGCUGAACCAGAUUCUGUUGUCGGAUGCUGCGCUGCCAGAGAGCCUGAUUUUGGUGAACGGCACGGACUGGCAGGGACAGUAUGUCGCCGAGCAGCUCCAGGUGCAGAGGCAUCCCGUGGUGUGCACGUGUUCGUCGGCCGAGAUCCAGGCCGUCCUGUCUGCCGUGCUCACUCGCAUACAGAAAUUCUGCAACUGUAACUCGUCCAUGCCGCGUGCCGUCAAAGUGGCGGCGGUGGGCAGCCAGAGUUACCUGGGAGCGAUCCUGCAGUUCUUCGUCACCCAGCUCGCCAACAAGACGUCCGACUGGCUCAACCACAUGCGCUUCCUGGUCGUGCCGCUGGGCUCCCAUCCUGUUGCCAAACAUCUCGGCGCCCUGGACAACCGCUACAGCUCCUCCUUCCUGGACGGAGCGUGGAGAGACGUGUUCAGCCGCUCCGAGCCGCCGCAGACAGAUCAGCUGGAUGUAGCGGGGAGAAUCGCGCAGUACAUCAGCGGAGCCACCGUCACGCACCAGCUUCCCAUCGCUGAGGCCAUGCUCACGUGCAAACACAGGACGCGAGAUGAGGACUCGUACCAGAAGUUCAUUCCUUUCAUUGGGGUGGUUAAGGUCGGUCUCAUCGAGUCUGGUCAGUCUCCAACAGGAGACACCGACGAGGGCGUGGCGGUGAGCUUGGCCGUCCCCUCCACGUCUCCCCCGUCCCACGGCUCCCCCACGGGGAUAAUUAAAGAGGCGGCCACGCCCCCGUCCUCCCCCUCCAUGGGCAGCGUCCUCUCAGUGCAGGGGAGCCCGAGCAUGUCCCACGGCGUGGACGCCAUCGGCCUGCAGGUGGAUUACUGGCUCGCCUCGCUGGCGGAGAAGCGGCGGGAGGGCGAGCGACGCGACACGAGCUGCAAGAACACGCUGAAGAGCGCCUUCCGCUCGCUGCAGGUCAGCAGGCUACCAGGAGGGGGCAGUAGCGACCCGCAGGCCCAGGUCAGCACCAUGGCCAUGACGGUGGUCACGAAGGAGAAGAAUAAGAAAGUUCCCACCAUCUUCCUGGGAAAGAAGCCCAAGGAGAAGGACGUGGACUCAAAGAGUCAGGUCAUUGAAGGCAUCAGUCGCCUCAUCUGCUCGGCCAAGCAGCAACAGACCAUCCUGAAAGUGUCCAUAGACGGCGUGGAGUGGAACGACGUGAAGUUCUUCCAGCUCGCCGCCCAGUGGCCCACACACGUCAAAUACCUACCUGUCGGACUUUUCGGCUACAGCAAGCCGCCCUCCUAGGGGUGAAGACCCCCGAGCGUCAGCAGCCCACAGAGCUGAGCGGACUGACUUCUUUCUUUCUUUAGUUUCAGUUUGGCUACAGUCAUCUUGUGUCUUUUUUGGGGAGGAGGAGGAAGAGGAGUGCUGUUACUAGUCACUUUAACGCCCCCUUUUUUGUGUGCGUGGCGAGUGCGUGCACACGUGAAUGUACAGUGUGUGUGUGUGUGUGUGUGUGUGUGUGUGUUUACAAGGGGCUUACAGCACAAGUUUAAUCGCUAACUGCCAUUUAUGUUUCCGUUUUAUGGAAUGCAACAGCAUGAAACAACCCACUGAUUUCAACCCCCGUUAAAGUCCAACCCUCAACGCAAGACCCCGCCCCCUUCAAGGUCCCCACUGCUCACCUCGACAAACCUGAUCCCCCACACACGUGCAUGUUCCGAAACGAACUCGUGCCGGAAAAACAGUAACUCUAAAUAAAUAAAAAAAACAGAAAUGCAGCAGGGCUUCAGUUAAUGCAUGAAAAGAAAACACAAAGAAAAACAAGUCUGUUCUACUCGCUGAACCGCAGCGUGCAUGUGAUGAAUCCCACCUCCACAUCAACAGCACAGACGCCCUUCAAAAUAAAAGGCUUUAGUGUAUUUCAUUUCAAGGGCUUCCAUAUGAUUACACAUAUUUUGUCUGUACCAAAACCAGUCAUUUUGGAUGUCUAAUGCCAACUGUAUUCUUUCAAAAACAGAAAAAAACAAUAUCUAUACAUGGGAAGUGUCUUUCUUUAUUGUACUCCAGUGGAAAAUAGUUUAAAAAAAAACUAACAAAAGAAAAACCUUUAAAGGUGUUUUUGUGAUGCACAGUGUUCGUCUUUGUGAGAGCUUCAGGAUUUCAGGGCGGGGGUCCACUGUGACGUGCGUUUUUCUUUAGCUACGUAGUCGCUAUGCACCUGAGUGUCUGCAGAGAGAACAGCCGGUAAAAUACACAUUCACAAACAGAGCAAAGAAAAAUGUGCAGCAAGACGACAGAAUGCAUAUUUAAGCAGAAAUGGGAAAAGCAUGUUUAUGUCCUGCUUUUUUCAAAGGGUUCUACGUUGCAAACACGGCAGUCAAACAGCUGCAAUAAGCACAAUGUGGUUAGCUCGUUAACUCUCCAAUAUCUUUUUCUUUUUUUUGGCAAUAUUCUGACCGCAGACCUGCGCAGAAAUGAAACAUAUCCAUCCAGGGAACAGAAAGAAACGUUUGUGUUUCGAUUUGAGUUAUUUGUGCACAGGUCUGCUACAUGCUUUCUCUAGUAUGUUGUGAGGUGAUUAGUGUGUGAACAGUAUCUGGUAACACGUGUGUGUGUGUGUGUGUGUGUGGUGAAAUCAGUGUAAUGUGGUCAAACUUUAUACAAAAACAAUAUCACUAAAAAAAGACAAAAACUUUUUUCUACCAUGUGACAGAGGGGACGUGUGUGUGUGUGUGUGUGUGUGUGUGUGUGUGUGUGUGUGUGUGUGUGUGUUCAUGAUGUGGUCAUUAUCAAUGUCAUUGAUAAUCAGAUUAGGGCUGUGAAAUCUGCAGGAGGAGACUUGUUCAUGUUGGAGCCUGGCUCAAGGCAAAGGCAGAAUGUUUUUCCUACAUGAAAAAUGUCGGGUGAUACGGAAGACGAGUAGUGCCACAUGGGAAAAAAUAUUUAAACAUAAACACAGAAUUAAAGUCAGAACAAAACAAACCUUAUAUAUUUAAUUUUACACUCAGUAUCAGGCUUUUUUUUUAACUCAAAACUUUCAUACAUGUUUUUAAAUCUGCCUGUUUUCAACCCCCGUAGAAUUUUAUUUUUUUUAUUGAAUAACAUUUUUGUGAAAUAUUUUCAGGUUGUAUUGGCCUAAAUCCAACCAACUAAUCCAGAAGACAAUUAAGGAAGCAAAUAAAAAGUUUUGUGUAUUAA